UGUCUGAAUAUGUCAAGAAUCACUUCAGCUGCCGCUCGCUUUCAAACAGCAAUCCAUGUCGUCCAGCGCCGCUACGAGGGAAGAGUUUCACAUAUGCCGUUUAGCUUCAUAAGAUUAUGAAGGAUUCCUUUGCGACUGCGGUGCGUAGUUUACAGAGCAAAGGGGUGAAGGAGGAACAGUUGGAGCGCUGUCCAGGGUUCUGAAGUCAAGAAGCCAGAGGUGCUGAAGAGAGCACAGGCAUUCACAGAGGACUGUAUGUCUAUGCCAAACAAGCCUUGAGAUGACUCGGAAAAGGCUGCGUCUUGUGGCUGUCUGGGGAUUCGUUGCGUGGGAAAUAGGAAUUCUGUUGAGUUUGGUAGCUUCAAAAAAACUAGAAAACCCUCAAGGAGGAACAGCAUCCAUGUCGUCACCCUCUGACUUCCUUGACAAGCUCAUGGGAAGAACCUCAGGUUAUGAUGCCAGAAUUAGACCCAACUUUAAAGGUCCGCCUGUGAAUGUAACAUGCAACAUAUUCAUUAACAGUUUUGGCUCCAUUGCAGAGACAACUAUGGAUUACAGAGUGAACAUAUUUCUCCGGCAGAAGUGGAACGACCCUCGGUUAGCUUACAGCGAGUACCCAGAUGACUCUCUGGACCUUGAUCCCUCAAUGUUAGACUCCAUUUGGAAGCCUGAUCUGUUCUUUGCCAAUGAGAAGGGAGCGCACUUCCAUGAGGUCACUACUGACAACAAGCUCUUGAGAAUAUUCAAAAAUGGAAAUGUCCUCUAUUCAAUCAGACUGACUCUAACUCUCUCAUGUCCGAUGGAUCUGAAGAAUUUCCCCAUGGAUGUGCAGACGUGCAUAAUGCAGCUGGAGAGUUUUGGCUACACAAUGAAUGACCUGAUCUUUGAGUGGCAAGAAAAGGGACCUGUACAGGUGGCUGAAGGUUUGACGCUUCCACAGUUCAUCCUCAAGGAUGAUUCUGAUCUAAGGAACUGCACCAAGCACUAUAACACAGGCAAGUUCACAUGCAUCGAGGUACGUUUUCACCUGGAAAGACAGAUGGGCUACUACCUGAUCCAGAUGUACAUUCCCAGUCUGCUCAUCGUUAUCCUGUCCUGGGUCUCCUUCUGGAUUAACAUGGAUGCCGCUCCUGCCCGUGUCGCCCUGGGAAUCACCACAGUGCUCACAAUGACAACUCAGAGCUCUGGAUCCAGGACAUCCUUACCUAAGGUGUCUUACGUGAAGGCUAUUGAUAUCUGGAUGGCGGUGUGCUUGUUAUUUGUCUUUUCUGCCCUAUUGGAGUAUGCUGCAGUCAACUUUGUUUCACGGCAACACAAAGAACUCUUACGAUUCCGACGGAAAAGAAAGAAGUCCGGCAAGCAUACCCAGUCAUUGCAUCGUAUCAAUGGCCUACGCAGUGCCGAGCCAGUUUACGGAUCAAUGGUCCAACUCAACGAAUUCAAUGAGAGGGAGGAGGAUGUGCAGGAGAGCCGGUUGAGCAUCACGCCCAGUUCAGGGAAAGACGGAGCCGUGCCCAAAGCUGCUAAUAAUGCGGCCACAACAACCUCUAUCCCAGCCCUUACUGCCGGCAAGAGUCAUGAGGAGAUGAGAAAACUCUUCAUCGACCGAGCCAAGAAGAUUGACACUGUGUCCCGUGCCGGAUUCCCACUGGCCUUCCUGUUUUUCAAUAUUUUCUAUUGGGUUCUUUACAAAAUCCUUCGCCACGAGGACGUGCACAAGCCAUAGAUGGAACAUAGAGUGUUGCACCUUGGGAGGUACGGUAGUAACACAGCAAAGCUUCAUCAAUGAACUCU